AUUUAACAAACAUCGCUCUCUUUCACUUCUGUACAGCGUUUCCUUCCUUAUUACUAUAACAGAACAACGGAAACAAAGUCUUGCACACAUUUGUCUAUAAACUGCCUGACCUGCCAAACGGAGAUUGACAUGGCAGCCAAUGGAGCAAGCUGUGAACAGCCUCAGAAACGCACAGGAGCUAAAGACAAACAGAAUGGGAAGUCCGCAGACGCGUCAGUAAGAGACAGGCGUGAGAAGGAUAAGGAGGAGCGUCUGUCUCUGGUGUUAUGGAGGAGGCCUGUCACCACUCUGCACUACUUUCUUCUGGAAACCCUCAUUAAGCUAAAGGAGUUGACCUUUAAGCUUUGGCAGCGACGGGGCACAGUGUUCUUAUUUUUGGUGUUGUGUUGUCUCUUUUCCAUCGCAUACUCCACUGAGGGAACACACCAACAAUAUGUUCAAUACCUGGAGAAAAAGUUUCUAUGGUGCGCCUACUGGGUAGGCCUUGGGAUUCUUUCCUCAGUAGGCCUUGGGACUGGUCUACACACCUUCCUUCUUUAUCUGGGUCCUCACAUAGCAUCAGUAACCCUGGCAGCAUACGAGUGUGGCUCCACAGACUUCCCAGAGCCUCCCUACCCAGACCAGAUUGUCUGUCCCCAGGGUGGAGCCGUGGAAGGCAGCAUCUCCCUCCUUUCAAUCAUGUCAAAGGUCCGCCUGGAGGCCUGCAUGUGGGGUGCAGGCACUGCCAUCGGGGAGCUGCCUCCUUAUUUCAUGGCCAGAGCGGCUCGUCAGUCAGGAGCUGAUCCAGAUGACGAAGACUAUGAGGAGUUUGAGGAGAUGCUUGAGCAGGCUGAAGGUGCUCAGGACUUUGUCACAAGAGCAAAACUCGGAGUCCAGCAUAUGGUGCAGAAAGUGGGAUUCUUUGGGAUCUUGGCUUGUGCCUCAAUUCCUAAUCCUCUCUUUGACCUGGCUGGCAUAACCUGCGGCCACUUCCUGGUUCCUUUCUGGACCUUCUUUGGAGCAACUCUAAUUGGGAAAGCCAUCAUCAAGAUGCAUAUACAGAAACUAUUUGUCAUCAUUACCUUCAGCAAGCACAUAGUGGAGCAAAUGGUGUCACUCAUUGGGUCUGUACCCAAACUAGGACCAUCACUCCAGAAGCCCUUCAGUCAGUACCUGGAAGCACAGAGGAACAAGCUGCACCAUGCUGGAGGAAGCGCACCAGCGGAUGAGAACUGGCUGUCGUGGGUGUUUGAGAAGGUGGUGCUGGUCAUGGUCUGCUACUUUGUCAUUUCCAUUGUCAACUCCAUGGCCCAGAGCUACGGCAAGCGGCUGCAGCAGCUUCGGCACUCGGAGGAGAAAACCAAGUGAUGGCGAAACAAAGCAGUACAAACAUCCAAGUGACUGCAUUUCUGCUGCUGCUGCUGAGAGCCCUCCACUCAGCCACAGCCACUCACAACUUGACAACAAACCUCACCUUCAUCCAUUCUCAAAGAGGCCGAACGCUCUAAAAACCAGGCAUUAUUUGUUGGUGUGUGUGCGCUUCUGAGGAUGUAUGUACUGUUAACCGUUUCCCUCUUCAGGUUUUGUAGUUCCUUUUCUCAUCUCACUCUCUAGAUGUGUGUAGUAUGAUUGGUUCUACUGCUAAUCUUAACAUGUUACUUUAACGUUAAAUUAAUCCAUUCGUUGACCUCAGAAGUAAAGCAGCGGUUUGGUUGGUAACUGCUGUGUUAGGGCAGUGCCCAUCAGAUGCUAUGCCUUAUGCAAGAUGGGAAGCUCCGACUUCCCUUGACUUGAUUUUUAUUUAAUUUUGUAACAUUUAUGUGCGGAUGGAUCUUGAUUUGUUUGUACAGUGUGCUGCCAAGAUAACUGCUAUGGGUGGUGUUUCUUUUCAGGGUUUAAUUGUCCUCAUGUUUUUGUCCUGUUAAACAGUAACACCAGUUUGUCUACUUUUGUUUAUGGAAUUGUCGGUUUAAAACGGUGGAGAAAAAAAAAAAAGCAAUAUCAACUUAAAACAGUGUGGUAUUGAUGGUUUGCACAUUGUGUAAAUAUCUUAAUAUCUUUUUUGACAGUAUGCUCAGAUGUAUUUCUAUUCUAAUGCUCUGUGUGGACAUGAGUCAACUUGAACCAAAACACAAAAGAAAAGGUGAUAUCAUUUGUAAAGUGACAUUGUACUCUCAGCUAACUAGUCCCAUUUCUAUUCUGUACAUUUAGGUUGAACGUUGGAUCAGAUCAUAUAUAAAACAUGAAAAUCAUAGCACUUGUUUCCAAGUCUGAGUGUGUCAUUUUUUUUGUAAUCUAUUUUAAAUGUUCAUUAUGACAAAGCUUUGUUGUAAUCGUGUGAUGUUUUAGAGCUGUUUUUAAGCAUCACAGCAGAGCUAAUGCUUCGUUUUCUCUUAGAAAUGACCAUCUUUAAGGUAAGUGCACAGAUCAGCCCUCACUGCUUUUUAGUAAUUCUUAGAGGAAUUGCAUCAUGUCCUAAAUUUGGCUUUUUGGGUGUUCUUUAUUUGAAUGUUCGUCAUGGUCUGUGCUGAUUCAGACGAUUCAACUUGACUCAAAUAUCCUCCCUGUGUUGGAGGAAAGUCCUUCUUCCUUGAAAUGUUCUCUGUAGAUUCUGGUCACUUCCAGCUCAUGGAUAAUAUCUUCUUCGAUAUUCUCAGUAAGGUAUGCCUUGAGACCACUCUCCCACCCCGUCAGCUAGCUUAUCAGACUGGUGUUGGCUGUUACGUUUUGGUGGCGACAGCAGUCUGUAAGCUGGCUGAAGCUGUGGGCCUUCAGCAUUUUAUUUGAGCUUCCAAACUCAUGUCGAGCGUACCAAGACUGCACUUUAGUUGAUCCAUUUGUGGAUUCAACAGCCUGUGUUUCGUGACACUGCUUUUAUGUCACCUGAGUUCUACUGUGUAAAAUUCAUGAACAAUAAAGUGAUGAAAAGUA